AUGGGCUGUGCCUCGCUGGCUCUCCCAACAGAUCCUCUGCCUGGAUGGGUCAAGAUGCUGGACAGUGAAAACAGCAAGAAGAACAGAGAGGUAGCCGAGCUCCAGGCCCGGGUUGCCCUUGACGAGCAGCGGGAGGAGGAGAGCCGGCGGGAAUCCUUUGGCCUCAAGCAGAAGAUUGUGGAGAGCGAGGCCGGCCGGGAGUCGGCCCGGAAAGAGCUCCACAACCUGCAGCGGAAGCUCAUGGACCUGGAGCAGGAGUCUCGCCUGAGGGAGAAGGGGCUGCUGGGGAGCCUGGAGGAAGCCCGAGUGACUGAGAAGAAGCUGCUGGACGACGCCCGCAACCUGGAGAUCAAGCUGGAGAAGGCCCAGGCGGAGGGGGCCGAGCUGGGCCUGCGGCUGAGCGCGGCCGAGGGACGUGCCCAGGGCCUGGAAGUGGAGCUGGCCCGCCUGGAGGGGCUGAAACGAGAGGCGGAGUACAAGCUGGGUAGACUCCACUCAGCCCUCCGACGGAGCCUGGGGGUCGGACGCAGGGGCCGUGUCCCCGGAGCGAGGGUCAGCGGUGGCUCCCCGAAGACACUCUCCUCUCCUCCCAAAGGAAUCUCUACCGUUGAGGGGCCCAACGGCAGCUCUGCCUCACUGGCCAGCGGCCCACUCUCCCUCCCCCUCUCACCGGAGCGCCCCCCUUCUCCCAGCCUGGCCGGGCAACUGGUGGCAGACAUUGACCCGGAAGUGGUUCAGAACGUGCUGCGAGAUUUCCUGGAAGAGCUGAGGGAGGCCCAGCAAGAGCGGGACGACGCUCGUUCCCAAUUGGGCUCCUUGAAGUGUCAGCUGGCCGAGACGGAGGCCCAGCGCGACCUGGCCAGCAGCCGUGUGCAGCAGCUGCAGAAGCAGGUGGCCGCGUGCGAGGAAGAGAGGCGCAGCCUCGAUGGGAAGCUGACCGGAGCCCAGACAGCUUUGAUGCUCCAGGAGGAGACCCUGCGCUGGAGUGAGCGAGAGCGCAAGGCCCAGGCAGAGAAGCUGGCUGCGCUGGAGCACGACCUACAAGCGGCCGCCAGCGAGCAGAGGGCCAUGCAGGAGAAACUCGGCAAGAUGAAGGCCAACGAGGCCAAGCUGGAGGUGGACAAACGACGGCUGAGAGAUUCCUUGGGCAGUGCGGAGAGCCGCAGCACCAAACUGGAGCUUCUGCGGAAGUCCCUGGAAGGGGAACUGCAGCGGGCCAAGGUGGUGCUGAGCGACCGCGAGGCUGAGCUCCAGCUUCUUCAGGAGCGCGUCACUCUCAUGCAGAGGCAGGUGAAUGAGAGCGAGGCGAGAGCCAGCACGUUGCAGCACUCCUUGGACCAACUCAACCUCUCGCUGGCCAAGGCUGCCAAUUCUGAGACUUCCCUGAAGGAGAAGGUGCAGGGGCUGACGGCCACCUUGUCCGAGAGCCAGAGCAGCUCUGUCUCGGCCCAGGAGAAGCUGCUGCAGUUGCAGAAGGCCCUGGCAGCCGGCGCGCAUGAGCAGAGAGUCUUACAGGAGCGACUGGACGCAGCCCGCCAGGCCCUCUUGGAAGCAAAGAAGCAGAACGGGGCGCUUUCGGAGCGCCUCCAAGCCCUGAAGGGGCAGCAGGCUGAGCUGGAGCUUCAGAAGGAGGAGCUGGAGGGGCUGGGGAGACAGCAGGAAGAGCUCCUGCGCCGACGCCAGGAGGGGGAAGCAGCGGCUCUGAGGAAGCUCCAGAAGGUACAAGAGGAGCGACGCCUACUCCAGGAGCGCCUGGGCAGUCUGCAGAAGGCCCUGGCCCAGCUGGAGAGCGAGAAACGGGAAGCCGAGCGCCUGUCCCUGCGUUUGGAAAAGGAGAAGGGCGCCCUGCGGAGGACCCUGGACAAGGUGGAGCGCGAGAAGCUGAAGACUCACGAGGACUCCGUACGACUGUCGGUGGAAAAGGGGCGCCUCGAUCGUUCCCUCACGGGCGCAGAGCAAGAGCUGAUGGGAGCCCAAGAGCAGAUACGGCAGCUGGAGGUGCAAGUGGCAGAGCUGGAGCGGACCCAGGGGAAGAAGCCUCUUGGCAAAGCGGCUGCGCCACAGCGGCAGGAGAGCGAGCGCCUGAGCGGUUCCCUCCGCCCUGGAGCCAAAGGUCUGGAAGAGCAGAUCUCGACUCUGAAGGAGCAGCUGCAUCAAGGCACCAAGAAGGGGCAGCCUUAUUUCCCAGCUCCCCCUCUCUUUUCCGGACACUAGCUGUGGCAGGAGCCGAGCCCCGUCAUCCCUGCGGAGCGCCACGGCAAGAAGGGCCACCGACCUCCAACCCGUCAGGGCCUAGAUUCACGCACAGCGCAAGGUAGUGCGAAAUGCUCCUUAUUUAAAAAAAAAAAAUUUUUUUUUUCCAAGAAGUCCUCGGUGGUCGGAUCCGAGCUGGAUCAGAAGAAGAAUUCGUCCCCUAUAAAGACAACCGAAAAGAACCCCCUCCCGGGGGUGGUGGAAGCGAGGGGCGAUCCAAGCCGGCCUGGUGCCAAGAUGGCUCCAUUCGUUCCGUGAUGGAGAACGGGGUGGGGGAGGGGAAGGUGAGCCAGUCCUGGCCUGGUCUCUGGCUGGGGAAGGACAGAUGGGCCAAGGAGCUCCUUGGCCAAGGAUCAUUAUUUUUUUAUUUAACCGUAGAUCCCAAUCGGGUGUGUAUUUUUCUCUGUUGCGGCUCUUUAGGUAGCAGCCAAUCAAGGACAGUAGAAAGUUAUUUUUCUUUUAUAUCCGCGGAAUUGUUGGUUUUACGGGCUUUGCUCCUCUUUAUGUAGAAGGGGGAUAGCUUGUAAUGAAAGACUUGAGCGUUACCCUCCUCCCUCCCCGACCUCCAAUUCUAUUUGGAAGGGUCGUGAAAACACAGGGAGGAAAGGGGGGGGCGGUCCCGUAGUGCCCCCAUCUUUUGCCGGGGGCAGGGGGAGGAAAAUCCCAGAC